GCUAACUAGAUGCUGAGCUAAGGGCUCUUGUCAGCUUGCGCUUGGAGGACCGAAAAGCUUCAAAUAUCCCCCACCGCACAAUCACCGCAAACAUAAAAUUCAUUCCUAGAUUCCAGCCAAACAUCAUCUGAAACUCGUUCAAACUAGAAAUCCACCAGGAAAAUUUUUGAAGUUUAGAAACGAAAGGAGUGAUCAAUCGCAAAUUUGUUUUGAUUACUUAUCAGCUUUAUCCGUCCAAAUCAAAUAUUUUUUGAUUGAUUUGGAGAUGCAAGCCGUGGUUGUUAGUCCAACAUAUUGCUGCAGGGCCCAUCAAACCCUAGAACCUUCCUGCUCUCGUCCCACGACUACCAAGCCCUCGAGCUUCUUUGGCACCAGAGUUUCUCUCGCGAAGGGGCGUAAUCCGGCGCGGCGCAGUUCAUGGCGUUGUGUGCGGAUUCGAUCACCUGCUCUCACGCGGAGGACAGUUGUCAAGGCUGUAGCUACUCCUGAUUCAGCCUUGGAAUUGCCACUAACAGCAGAGAAUGUCGAAAGUGUGUUGGAUGAAGUUCGACCAUAUCUCAUUGCUGAUGGGGGGAAUGUGGCAUUACAUGAGAUUGAUGGCAAUGUUGUAAGGUUGAAGCUACAAGGAGCGUGUGGCUCCUGUCCGAGUUCUGUUAUGACAAUGAAGAUGGGUAUUGAGAAACGUUUAAUGGAAAAGAUACCUGAAAUUGUUGCAGUGGAACCGAUAACUGAUGAAGAAACUGGCCUUGAGCUGAAUGAAGAAAAUAUUGAGAUGGUGCUUGAAGAAAUUAGGCCCUACCUUGUCGGGGCAGCGGGUGGUUCUCUUGAAUUAGUUGCCAUUGAGGAGCCAAUAGUGAAAGUUCGAAUCACGGGUCCAGCAGCAGGGGUCAUGACAGUUAGAGUGGCUGUUACCCAGAAAUUGCGAGAGAAAAUUCCAGCCAUAGCCGCUGUUCAACUUCUAUAACUUGCAUUCAAGUUCUCAUUAACGAUAUUGCUCUCAAAGAAAAACCUGUAUGAAUAGUGGAAUCCUGGUGUAUAGUUUCUGAUAUAUAUAUUUAGUUGGAUGCCAGUGUUAAAAUAAAAGUUUUCAGAAUUCUGUUACAGGAAUAUAGGAUGAAAUGAUGAAAACCAUUUUUGUCUGAAUAUCGGACUCUCGGUACCCAGUUUCUAUUUUUAA